UUUUACUCGCCAAACUUGGUGCGUGUUGCGUGUAUUGCGCCAUUUCAAUCUCCGUAUUUAUUCCGAGGCGAUCGUAGAACCUACUAGUUCUUUGACCUUUCGUGCCUUCUCUGGCGUCCAGCGUUUCUUUCAUUGACGAACUGGCGGGCGAGACAAUGCGCGAGCGCCAGAGCUCACUUUCUUUUGUCUCGAGAGGCUUUGCGGCACGGCCGUUCGGAACGAUUUAUGAACAGCAAGGUCUUGCCCUGCUGCGAGGCGCCGGCGAAUCCGUGCGCGGCCAAACGCGUCUGGUCUCUAGACGUAUCUCUGGCAUUAUUCAGGGGCCGCUGCUUUUCAGCAUCGCUGAGAGCAGCAUUCGGGACGCGCGAGUCCUUCCUUGCGAAGUUGGGAGACCGUUAGCCGCUGUGUGCGCGUGGAGCACGUUUCCUUGCCACUACGCGUGACCACGAGUGCCGUUGGCGUUUCGAAAUACAGGAGGGCGCAAAGGGCCAGCAGGAUGCCCAAGCGGGCGCGCAUCAAGAACAAUGGCGAAGCGGGGCCGCCGCCGCGAGCCUCCCCGCGGGUGGCCAAGCGUCAACUGUUGAGCGGGCAGGCAGCCGACGAAAACCACACGAUGGUGCGCAAGUGCGAGAAAGUGAGCUGCCACGAGACCCGGCCCAGCUGCUUUGCCCGCACCUCUAAGAGGUGCUGUGGUGAUGGCUACACUUCUCGAUGGUACCAUCUCUCGUCGGGCGAACAUUUCUGCAACGAGUGCUUCGACUACUAUUAUCGCAGCACCAAGCCCGGUUAUGUGGAGUACUCGAGUUGGCGGGAGCACUGGUCACGCAAUGCCCGCUCGGAGGCCUCGCUUCGCCUCUUCAUGGCCGACCAGGUCUUGCCGUUCUGGGCACAGUGCGUGCGCUGUCGCAAGUGGCGCCGCCUACCCAAGGGGGACGACCUCACACCAGAGUUCGUCGACUCAUUCACCUGCAAUGACAUCCCGUCGUACGACGACACCACGGAAGACACAAAAACAGAUGACUGCUCUGUGCCUGAAGACCCGAACGCCGCAGCCGCCAUGCAGCCCGAGUGGAUCUGUACGCUGACGCAACCGCCAUUUCUCAUCGGCUCUCCAGCGCAACAGUUCCUGGGCGACUACUUUGCCGACGGGGUAGGAAUGAGUCCUUCCUCCGAGAGCCCCAAGGCUCCCGAGAAGACCACACGACAACAGAAUGGCACCAGUGGCUCCGGUGGCACCACCAGCAACUGCUAUCUUGAGCCAGGGCAGCUGGCACAGCUGCUGCAGCCCUUCUACCGGCCCGGAGAACAGGGCAAGGCACUGUGCUUCCACCCGGACAUCAUGGAGACCUACGAGAUGGACGCCUUCCCAGAGUACGCACGAGAACAGGUGAUGUACCUAGGUGUCCGCAAUGUGGUGCUUGCACUGUGGGCCCUGCGGCCCCAUGCGUGGCUGGACCUGGUGUGGGUGUCGCGACACCUUCUGUGCCGGGGCCUGGCGCGCAUCCGGUGCCUGUUGGAGGCGCACAGGGUGCUCCGGUUUUUCACUGCGCGUGGCCUCAUCAACCACGGCGCACUGCCCUCGCUGCGAAGCUCCCCGCCGCUGCCUCCAUCUUGCCGACAGAAGCGAGUGCUGGUUGUGGGUGCGGGCCCCGCGGGCCUGUCGGCAGCACGGCACCUGCACCGGCUGGGCAUGCAGGUGACACUGCUCGAGGCCUCAGACCGUAUUGGGGGCCGAGUGCGUGACGACACUUCCUUCGGCGUCUGCGUUGGCAUGGGUGCCCACAUCGUCACGGGCGUCACCAACAGCCCGCUGACGACGCUCUGCCUGCAGACUGGUCAUGGCAUACGACUCAUCCGCGACCACUGUGACCUGUACACAACCAAGGGUCAUAUCGUGUCAUCUGAGCGGGACCACCGGGUGGAAUUUCACUUCAACGCCAUGCUGGAUGCCGUGGCGCAGUGGCGUCUAGGGCAGACCAAGGAUAUCUGCCUCUUUGACAAACUCAUGGAGAUGCACGAGGGCUUCUUGAAGGAGACACAGAUGGUCUUCAGUGAUGAAGAGAACAAUGUGCUCCAGUUCCACAUUGGCAACCUGGAGUACGCGUGCGGUGCGCCGCUGCGCGAGGUGUCAGCCCUGCAGUGGGACCAGAACGAGCGCUUCCCCCAGUUCAGCGGUCAGCACGCGCUCGUCCCAGAUGGCUUCGGCUGCCUCCUGCAGGCCCUGGCCGAAGGCCUCGACAUCCGUUACGGGCACAAGGUGACGACGAUUGACUACGGUUCUGAGGAAGGUGGCGUGCGGGUCUUUACGGAGCGGUCUGCCGCCCAGAACGGCAAUGAGGAAGAGGAAGAAAAGUUCUCGGCCGACUUUGCUCUGGUGACGGUACCAUUGGCCAUCCUGCAGCAGAGGGAGAUCCAGUUCUUGCCGCCUCUGCCCAAGGACAAAAUGGGCGCACUCAAAGAUUUAGGCGCGGGCGUCAUCGAAAAGGUGGCCCUCAAGUUCUCUCGGCCCUUCUGGUCCGCUCAAGUGACGGCCGCAGACUUCUUUGGCCACGUGCCAUCGUCACCCGAGCAGCGCGGUCUCUUCAGCGUCUUCUUUGACCUCAGCCCCCGGACACAGCCCAAGAAGAACCCAACAUAUGUCUUGAUGACCUACGUGAGCGGCGAUGCCAUUGACCUGAUUGCAAACAAGAAGGAUGAUGAGGUGGUGGCCAUGUGCAUGGAUGUGCUGCGGGACAUUUUCCGCGACCAGGAAGUGCCCAACCCAAAGGGCUACACUGUAACCCACUGGCGGGACAGCCCCUACGCGCGUAUGGUCUACAGCUACGUGCGCUGUGGGGGCUCGGGUGAAGCAUACACGACUCUGGCCGAGCCACUGGCUGAUCGGCUCUUCUUCGCUGGCGAGGGUACGAGCCGGAUGUUUCCGCAGACCGUCAGCGGGGCUUAUAUGAGUGGACUGAGAGAAGCCUGGAACAUCCUUCGCCGCCUGCCACUGGGCCUCGAGCCCGACCUGAUGCUGGAUGUUUGAGCCGGCCACCGAGCCAGCUGCCAAGCUGCCGGCUGGGUCUUCCACCUUUCAAGACGUCUGCGUCUGAGCCGAAGCAACCUGUUUUGUGCAUCCGUGUGUGGAAACAAUGUGCGGAUUGCCAAGGCAAUGGAGUGAACUUCCAAGAGGCUGCAGUGCUGCGUCCCCUUCGUUCGUUGUGUUUGGUCAUUUCAGUUGAGCUUCAGUUGUGUGAGAGCUCACCAAGGAGCCAACCUACCUUUCACGGCUGUCAUGAUGGUGUAUUGACCUGCUGAAUUACUUUGCUGAUCAAAGAGGCAAGUAAAGAGUACAAGCUGAAGAUUUGAACCGAGACCAACAGAGACAGUGGCCCAGUUCUUCUUAAGUGCAUGAGUUUUUUCAGCUUUCGGCUGUUACCUUUUACUUCCACCAACAUGCACUUCCAGUUCCAUUUUGGCUCGGCAUCUGCUCUUGUAUGUGCAUUCCCACGAAAAUGUGAAGGAAAAUACUGCAGCGUGUGCUGCAGACAGCAAACAAGCCCCAACUCUGAAGACUGUGGCUUCCUACUUAGGGUGCUGUGGUUUGUUGAUUUGUUUUUGAAGGAGAAGGGCUUUAGCAACGUGACGAAACACAAUGACUUGACCAACCGGCGCUUGUGUGGGUGUUGUGGCUAGCAGGGUAGUCGUCACUGUGGCUUGUGUACAGGUCUGUAAUUGAAAGGAAAGCAUCACGAGACUUGGCAUGUACGGGGCGGUCCCCAUUCUGAGUGGUCUUCCUUUUGAACUUUUUGGCGACUAGACAGGUUGCGAGCGUUUAUUAGUGCAUUUGUUCUCGCAACCCCGUGAUGGUAAACAAUCUUAAAAUUAUGUUAGUAAUGUCAGUGAUUUCCAUGUGCUGCGCAGUUGAAAGAGCAGCAGUUGUGUGGUGAUUUUAGGAAUUGUGUAUUUGAGAAUUGUACUCCGGCUAACCUAAAGGCCCUAUAAGCCACUGGACACUGUACUGGACACUUGAUUACUUUGCCAGUGUGUGUGUUACCAGGAGAGAUUUAAACAGGAAUGAUGCAAAAGAAAGGCCAGCUGCAGCAAAAUUUUGGACCACAUAAUAAGCCUAGUUUCAGAUAGUGCAAGUACGAAGCAGCCUUCGUGCAAAUUAUGUUUGAAGUACGAGCGGAUGCGUCGCGAGAAGCUCAUUGAAAUCUUUGUUAUCGAAACUAAAGAAAUUGCCGUCAUUACCGGUUGUCAGAGAUGACACGUGACCCGGAACACGCCAUUCCCUAGCAUGACCUCCGAGAUUGGGCACCGCCCACGGCACGGUGAAAAUGUCUUGGAGGCAACGUGCUGGUACUUACGUAAUAUACACUAACCACCAGGUGCAUGCAUUGUCUUAGGUUGCUGUUGAAAGGCUGCUAAUAAAUUUUUAAAAAAGGGAAGAUUAACCAGCCCUGCUGUUUUGCCAAGGCUGGUUCAAUAGUACUACUCAUAAUUGAUUUAUACAAAGUGAAAUUUCGUUACAGUUAGCCAUUACGGGCUGUUAAUUUUAAAAAGAGCAUAAUUGCCAGCCCUGCACACUCGUUAGCAAAAGUGUACGGACCUCUGGCUCGCCGAAAAGACUGAAUUUAUUCGUAAUUCAGACACACUAAUGGGAAUUGACGAGUAUUGGAAAGUUCGCAGGGCCAAGUUUUAACAGCAGUCCUCGAUUUCAAGUUACUACAAUUGGUGGAGAAGAAAAUUGGCUCUAUCAUGGAAUCCCUGGUCUACAUAUCUUUUGCUCAGUGGAGUACAUGUUUCUCAUUUGUAAACAACUUUGCCAAAGUGAAACUUUGUUGCAGUUGGCCUUUAAAAAUGCUUUAGUCAUAAAUUGCCCUCUGAGCCUUUUAUGAUCUUUGCUAAAUGGAACUGAAAGCUGCACUCGUAAUGCGACUGCCUGCUAUCCAUAACACUGCCAAAAGGCCAUGCCUCUCUUUCGCUUACUUCUGGUGAGCAGAGCAUCCACCAGAUCAGGCUUUGUGGCCACGACGGUGGGCAUUUCACACAGGUACGCCAAAGCAGCAGCAACAGUGUAUUUCACAAGUGGAGAGAGCGAGAGUGUAAAACGAAGGCUGCAGUUUGCUAAAAGCGUAGCUUAUGCUUCUUUCUCUCUCCCUUCCGUAUGCUGCAUGGAACAAAGUGGCCCUGGUCCGUUCUUUCCCAUUCUUUCAUUCCUCACGUCAUCCAUCUUUCUCACGUACCAUUUUUUUUUUUUAUAGGUACCACUAAUGGCAGAGCUCGCACAGUGUUACUGUUUUGCCUUCAUAGAAUGCGUGAAGCAAGAUUUUGUUCAAAAAGUAAUUUUCAUGGCGCGCAAAUUGUGCAUCGCUUUACAUUCCCAUGAUGAAUUAUUUCUGGCACCGCUGUGCUUGCUGUGAACUGUGCACUUGUAUUUUAUAUUUGGCAGUCGUUUCUUUAUUAACCAGUGCAGUGCUGUAACGGAUGUUCCUUGUUUUUGUCAGAGAAUAUCGCUUAUUUCUGUUCGUAUACAUUGUGCCAAGUUGGCGCACGUUAGAGCUGUAGCAUAUAGUGACCUUCGAGCACGUUGCUAGCCAUUCUUCCAAGCCUCCAGUAACUGUGCCAGGCUCGUGUAGGCUUCCAUCUUUACAGGCACCUCAAGUCUGCUCUAUGGAAGACACAUUGCCCUAUGACUGUGAUAGGCCAGGACCUGCUGUGUGUAAAGUGGCACUGUCAUUGAACUUUACGGAGCCUGUCCGAGUUAGUUGACCCCCUGUUCUUACAAAUGUGGCUUGGCUCGAACCUUUUUAUUGGCUUCGUUAAGCAGAGCACAGCACAGCCCUGACAACUAAAGUAGUCGCAGCGUUCUUUGGAUAUUGCUGCAAACAAGAAUUGUGUAGGAAACGCCCUUCCAGUCCAGUGCUUUAGUGAGUUGAUGUCUAAAAGAGACCGUGGUUGUAACGUUAAUUGUAGCUUGUGUUUCUACGAGAAACACUAUUAAAGAGUACCAACUACUUAGUCACGGGGUGACGCUGCCCUCUGUUCGGUGGAGUUGAACACGAGGCAGUAGAGGCACAUUUGUAAACACAAGCUUGUAUGAACCUAAUGCUGCGUCACCAAGGGAUUUUCAUGGCCAGUCACUUGGUUCUGUGUGGCAGUGGUGGUGUUUGACUGGAACAAGAGACCUCGUGCGAUGUUCAGUAGCCACUCAAAUGUUUGCCAUUUGGAAGGAAGGGAUUGCCCUGCAGAAAGCUAUUAAUCUGUCACCCAUGUUCUCUUUUAUGUGCAGAAUGCACGUUUAUAAUGUCCUGUACUUGUUUUAGGUUCUCUUCUGGUGGCUCUCGUUCCCAGAUUAGUGUUCAGAUUUUAUGCAACCCUUUCUGUUCCAUUCACCUGAGCGUGCUGUGCACGUCGAUCCCCCUGCGCAGAUGAUGACUGCCGUGUUCUCACUCUCUCUCUCUCUUUCUGCAUUACAAUGAGCCAUGUUUCUGUUAAACUUUUCCCAGGACUUUACUUCCCUGGUAUAACAUGGGAAGGCCUACACAAGGCAAACUCUACACUUACUUCCUUCAAGUUCGAUCCUCAUUUCACAUUUUGUGCUUGUUGUUAUUCAUUCUGAUGCGAAAAAACAAAAACACUGUACAAACAGCAAGAAAUACUCCGCCUGUAGAUUAUGUGUGGCCAGUCAGCCCUGUAAAUAGAGCCUGCAUGUGAGCAUGUUGCUUGCACAUUUAUACAAUUCCUAUGAAAUGUAGAGCUGUGAAUAUUUGUGGUGCAAGUGCAUAUUUGUAUACACGUGCAGACUGUAGAGGGAAAAAAAGGAUGUCUGGCUUCUCCUAUUGGUAGUGUUGCAUCUUGUUUAGUGAAUGAAACUUGUCAGCUGAAGCAUAUGCGGAGGGCCGCAUUAACCUUACCUAGGCAAAGUAUGUCACCCAGUGGGAACCCAUUGGAACAUUUCAAAAGUUUCCCAGGUGUAGCAUGCAAGCUGUCAUGUAUGUCAAAGGGUCACAUGUGCCCUUUGGGCAUAAAGAAACUUAAACCCAUAAGGAAACUUAAGACGUCCAGGUGAAGUAUGUCAGUUGAGGGGUACCCAUGGAGCCGCAUAGACUACCUUGGCAACACGUUAGCUGAUGGGAAUACAUAAAGCCACUUAACUUAGGCACCAUCCAGCACUGUGUGAAAAUGUUAUGUAAAAGCAGGAAGGCAUGCAUUCAGCUUAAAUGGGACAUAUUGCAGGAGGGGAACUGCAGGCUUGUGGUUUUGGAACACCUAAGAUGAACUUCCAUAGCUUUUACAGCCUGUUGCAUUUUUCUAUUCUUGAAUUUUCAACUUGCUUUCAUAAGGCAUAACGGGAUUGGAAGUGGCAGCUAACAUUUUGAGAUGACUGAAAAUGUCGGGCAUACUUCUGGAGAAAGGUGCUGUCCUUCGAGUGGUUGUUCGAAUCGCGAGCGCUUUCGUUAAUUUUUGUUGAAUGUUUCUCGUGCUGGGCCACAUACCUUAUAUGAAUUUGCAGAAGAUGCCUUCACUCAAAAGAUCCAGUCAUCCUGUGGGAGACGAUUGGCACGUUAUUCCUGCAUUAUGUCUUUCUCUGUACAGCACUAAUGUUACCUAAAGCAAGAUGUUGUGCAUCAGUAUGUGUUUUUUUCCUGCACACGAUGUGCUUUUGCAUCAUAUUGAGUGUCUCUCCUUAACAUGCAUGUUGGAUCUGUUCACAUUGUAAAAGCAAGAAUAGGGUGAAGUGAUCCUGUCCAUUGCACUUGUACAUUGCAUCUUCUGAACACAUUACACAUUGCUUUGACCUCAUUUACCUUAUACAUACUUAGCUGUAAGAAAGCAUUGACUCUGCCAUGUUAAAAAUGGAUCAAAGUUGGGAGUUGCCCUUAUGUAAACUACUACCCCACCAUUUUUGGGUAAAUAUUUAAGAUUUGCUCCUGUAAAGUGAAUACUAUCGACGUCGAUGUUGAUGCCGAGGAAGAAUGUGCUGUGUCGGCACCAGAAUGGUUGCUCCACAUGUGCUGUUUUCGUGUUUGCUUCGUGGCAGUGUAAAUGCAUUUAAUUUCAUUGCUUUUUGAAACGUGUUGUGCUGUUGUAAUUUUAUGCUGCUGUAAUCAGGGCUGACUGCAUGAACAGCCUUGACUUGUGCAAGCGAUGUUUGUGGUAUGUGCGACCACCACUUUUCAUUUCAAGCCUAUUGUUAGCUCUACCACCUGCCAUACAAGAGAAUGUCACUGUGAGGCUGCCUAAGUUUUGUGAUUUCUUCCCCCAUCGUGAUAAACACAGUGAUGCCUUCGUUGCAUUGUAAAUAAACGUUCGCUGGGCCACCA